AUGAAGGGCAGCUCCUGCAGGGACACCAGAAGAGUCGUCCUCACCUCACCUGCAGACAUGGCUCCCUGCUCCGGCCGCCACGCCGCCGUCCUGAAGAAGAGCAACAACAGGCUGAGAAAACCUGCUGUGGAGAAGAAGCGCAGAGAUCGGAUCAACAGCUGCAUCAAGCAGCUCAAAGUCCUCCUGCAGGAGGACGUUCACACGCAGAGACUCAGCUCCAAGCUGGAGAAAGCCGAGAUCCUGGAGAUGACCGUCAGCCUGCUGAGGCAGCAGCUGCAGGACAACGCUGCUCGCUUCCUCCGUGGCACUGCCAGCUCCAAGGCCUGCGCUCCUCCUCCACCCAGUCUCCAGCAUCAGGAGGCCCAGAGAGGCAGCAGCUCCACCCUCAGACCCAAAACCCUGCAGGAGAGCAGCGGAGUGUGGAGGCCUUGGUAG